AUGCCGGCAUCGGCCUGCCCGGACGUCACCUUGUUGAGAACGUCCGUCACCGACGAUUCCUCACUGACGGGCGAGAGGGUCUCACCUGUAGCCGUCGUCGACCUUCUUCGUAGCCGCGCCGCACAGGACCUGCGGGCGCAGAUCACUGGUUGUGUCCCCUCCUUUUCCAGAUCUGCGAAGGACACUUUGUGCCCUUCCGGAUUGCCAGGCAGUACAGCGAUCGUCAAGGUAUUGCUCGCGAAAUCCGGGGGCGACCCCGCGACGACACCGGCAUCCAGUGGCCUUGGUCCAUGUUGGCGGCGUCAGCCGGAACGAACUACGUCAGCCAGGUGCGCCCUGGGUGAUCUGGGCGACGAGAUCCGAGGACCCGGCAAAAGC